GUUUUACUUCCGGUGGUAUCGGCUGCCAUCUUUGAACCGAGGGAAAAUCUAAAACAAUAUUUGUUUUCAUAAAGUUGUCGGGCUAGAAAGGAAAAAUCAGUCCAUCUAAUGUGGAUAUAGAUCUGCAUCAAAUCAUUUCUCCACCAACGACAGAGAAAGAUGUCGCUGGUGGAUUUGGGGAAGCGGCUUCUAGAGGCUGCGCGGAAAGGAGAGGACGAUGAGGUCCGAACACUGAUGGCCAAUGGAGCACCUUUCACCACAGACUGGCUGGGCACAUCGCCCCUGCACCUGGCUGCCCAGCAUGGGCACUACUCCACGGCAGAAGUGCUUCUCCGCGCAGGCGUCAGCAGAGAUGCCCGCACCAAAGUGGACAGGACCCCUCUGCACAUGGCAGCUGCUGAGGGACAUGCUGUUAUCGUGGAGUUGCUUGUCAGGAGUGGCGCGGACAUCAAUGCCAAAGACAUGCUGAAGAUGACCGCUCUACACUGGGCAACGCAGCAUGGCUACCACAAGGUGGCUGAGAUGCUACUGAAACACGGUGCUGACGCACAUGCCCUCAGUAAAUUCGACAAGACGCCACUUGACAUUGCGAUCGACAUCCAGAAUGCUGACCUCAUCAUAUUGUUACAGGAGGCCAUGCAGACCCAGGUGAACAUCAGCGCUGAAGCGGGCAUCACUGGUGGAGCGUCGGGGCCUCAGUUCAUCAUCCAGGCCAUCCCGGGGAUGCAGGGAGGGGUCGUGAACCUGGCUGACCUCAUCAAGAAUAACUCAGGCGACACUGAGGAGGCCAUCGCUGCCAGCACCCUGGAUUCCAGCAUUCAACAAAUGGUCAAUGAGGGAGGUCAAAGGGUCAUCACCAUAGUAACAGAUCAGCAUGGCAACCUGCAGACGACAGGCGGGCUGUCACAGCCGUUCUUUGUGACCAUGCAACACGGUCAGCAGAUGUUGGCGGUCCCAGCCAAUCAGAUCACAGAGGAGGUCGUGGAGGAGGAGCCCCAGCCACCUCCUGCCAGGAAAAGAAAGAUAGACAUCUCAGCCAAUCACACAGAAGCUGAAGACACGGAGUUGCUGCAGCGGCAGCUGCAGGAGGCGAACUGCAAGGUGCAGGAGUACCGGCAGCAGCUCAUGAGGAAGGAGCAGGAAGCCGAGCAGUACCGCAUCAAACUGCAAGCCAUCAGCCACGGCCAGAGCAACGGCAACGCUACGGGCGAGGAGGAGGGCGCACCGCACGAGGAGGAGGAGGAGGAGGUGGUGGAGGAGGAGGAGGUGGUGGUGGAGAGCUCGGCGCACGCCGGGGAGGAGCUCCUGGUGCUGUCGGAAGGAGCGGUCAUCGUCAAGGCCGAGGAGCUGGACUCAGAGCAGCAGCUCACGCUAGUGGAGGCCACGUCCUCCCACACAGAGGUGAUAUCCUAACCACUGCAUGGACAGACCGACAGGUAGCCGGGUGGACAGAUGGAUGGAAAGAGAGAGAGAGGUGGGGAAAGAUGGAGAAACGGAGAGAGGACUCUGCUGGUGUAGGAAAGGGACCGCGUCCUACUGACGUCCUUCAUUUUAUUUUUGUUUUUUGUUUGUUUGUUUGUUUGUUUGUUUUACACUCACCUAUCCAUGGUGCCUCAGAAGUUUUUCCCAUGAUGCCCAGAGCCAGAGACGAGACCACAUCGUUCCCCCAGCUUUUCCUCAGGGCCAACAAUAUGCUCGUAGUUCUCCCAUCUGUUAAACCUCUUACUUAACUUGUUUUGUCUCUGUCUGUCUGCGAACUGCAAAGCCUUAUUGGGGUUUCAUGGUAUUAGGUUUACUGCUCUUUACUGUGAUGUCAGUUCAUUGAGUUUUGAGAGAUUGUGUUCCUGUGACACUUGUUCAGGUUAUGAUCUCGAGUCUGACUAUAAUAAUCCCGGUCCAAAACUACAGUGAAUAGCUUUGUUUAAAGAUUUUUUUUACCGAAAUGAGGAAAAUAUUUUUUAGAAUAUAAUAAAAAAUACCUUGAUGAUGAGCAAGAAAGAAACACCUAUGUCAUUCCAGAGUGUGCAUCAAAUGGCUGUAUUGUUUUGGAUGAUUAAACGGCCCAAGACAAUUCAUGAAGUAACAA